GUGGCUGUUCUGAGCUCGGGACGCGGCGCGGGAAGCGUGGGAAAUUUCUCCGCCCGGUUCCCAGCGCCGAUCUGCGCCCGAUCCCGCGCCGGCUUCCGCCUCCGGAGCCCCCUCGGCCCGGGCGGCCUCCUCCUCCUCCUCCUCCUCGGGCUCUCCGCCUCCUCCGCCUCCUCUUGCGCGCUGAGCUCAGACGCUGCCGGGCCGCGGCGAGCUGUCAGCGAUCGGGGCGGAGCGCGCCUCUCGGGCAGGGGAAGGAAGGCAGGCAGGCAGGGGCCGAGCCGCAGCCGGUGCUGGCGAGAAGAAUGGCGGCCGGCGGCGGAGCUCGGGCACCAGCGGAGGCGGCGGCGGCGGCGGCGGCCCCGGCAGCAGCAGCAGCAGGUCUGAUCCCAGUCCUCACGCGUCCUGAUCUGAGCCCCCCAGGCCAAAAACUCUAACGCUGUUGCCACUCAACGCUCUAAAGAUGAACAAGGAAGCCACAGAGGUCUCUGAGAACAACCACCACCUGAAGGUUUUCCUGCCCAAGAAGCUGGUGGAAUGCGUUCCCAAGUGCCCCGCCUUGCCGAAGGAACGACUGCGCUGGAACACCAACGAGGAGAUCGCUUCCUACUUGAUCACCUUUGAGAAACAUGAGGAGUGGCUCUCGUGUUCCCCCAAGACCAGACCCCAGAACGGCUCCAUCAUCCUGUACAACCGCAAGAAGGUGAAGUACCGGAAGGACGGCUAUUGCUGGAAGAAGCGGAAAGACGGCAAGACGACCCGCGAGGACCACAUGAAGCUGAAAGUGAAAGGCGUGGAGUGUCUCUACGGCUGCUACGUCCACUCGUCCAUCGUCCCUACAUUCCACCGGCGCUGCUAUUGGCUGCUGCAGAAUCCGGAUAUUGUGCUGGUUCAUUACCUGAACGUUCCGGCCAUUGAGGAUUGCGGGAAGAUCUGUGGGCCUGUCCUGUGCUCUAUCAACAGCGACCGCAAGGAGUGGCUGAAGUGGUCGAAGGAAGAGCUGGUUGGCCAGUUGAAGCCAAUGUUUCACGGGAUAAAGUGGACUUGCAGCAACGGAAAUGGCACGGCCGAGUUCUCGAUCGAGCAGCUGGUGCAGCAGAUCCUGGAGAGCCACCAGGCCAAGCCCCCUCCCCGGACUCACGCCUGCCUCUGCAGCAGCGGCCUCGGGAGCCCCGGCCACGUCCCGCACCGAUGCAGCAGCACCAAGCACCGGAUCAUCUCCCCGAAGGUGGAGGUCCGCCCGUCCCCCUACCCUGCCCUGACCGAGGUCCAGAACAUUGCUGGCGGCCCCGAGGUGAAGGCUGAGACGGAGGCGGCCAAGUCGUCCGGACCUGAUGGCAAGGAAGCCAAGCUGGCCAAGGCGGCCGCCUCCCCAGGGAUGGCCGAGGCCUCCCCAGACUCCACGCAGCCCCCGCCUGGCUUCCCCAAGCAGGAGCUGCCCGCCGUCACCCUCUCCGUUGGCCUCCCUGGCAGCACCAUCCUGGUCAUGACCGGGUUGAGCAGGGCUGAGAAGCCGCUGGCGCUGACUCCCAGCCAGCACCUGGUGUCCGGGGAGCCGGCUGCUGGUGCCCCCGCGCCCCCACUCGGCUUGGCCCUCUUGCCCGGCCCGGGACUGGUCCUCUCGCAGAACCUGGAGUCUACCAUGGAGACGAGCGAGGCAGGUCCGGCGGCCUUUGACCCCGACUGCUUCCUGAACAGCCCCAAGCAAGGCCAGACCUACGGCGGUGGGGCGGGCCUGCAGACCAAGCCCGAGCCCCAGGAGGCCCCCGCGGGACCCCCGGCAACCUACCCUCUGUACGUGCCCACCAACCGCUUCUUCAUCCAGGACGACGGGGCCGGGCAGGCGCCCAUGCCCACCUCGCCAGCCGCUGCCGCCUCCUCCUCUGCGGCUGCCGCCGCCACCGAGUCGCCGUUGCCGCCGGAGGUCAAAAGCAGCCCGGAGGUCACCCCCAUGGAGACAGCGGCGGCCGAGGGCGAAGGGGGCAGCCAGGAGGAGGGCAACCCUGGGGAAGCCGGGCGUCCGGAGACGGAGAUGGCCGCCACGGAACUGCAGGAGGAGCUGUACUCCAUGAUCCAGACCGCCGCGGCUGCCACGGGGGGCUCCUUCAGCCUCUCCUUCGACAGCCACUUCCCAGACCUCAUCCAGGAGCUCAUGACUGAGGAGGGGGCGCCCGGCAGCGUGCAGAGCGCAGAGGAGGACCCCGGCGGCAGAUCCGGGAGCCCCAGGCCCGCCCUGGCGGAGGCCUGCUUCGCAGCAGACGGAGGUCCUGUGGGGUCGCCGCAGCCGCUGGUGUCGAUUAUCGACUUCUCCCCAGAGUGGUCCUACCCAGAGGGUGGGGUCAAGGUGCUCAUCACUGGCCCCUGGAUAGAUGAGACCAAGCCAUACAGCUGCCACUUUGAUCAGAUCACUGUCCCUGCCUCCCUCAUCCAGUCCGGGGUGCUGCGGUGCUAUUGCCCAGCCCACGAGGCCGGUCUGGUGCCCUUGCAAGUGGCCCACGAUUCCCGCCUGGUCUCCAUGUCGGUCCUUUUUGAGUAUCGCGCCCGGAACUUCAUGGCCUUGCGCAGCAUGGAUUGGCUGUCUCUGGAUGAUAACCAGUUCAGAAUGUCCAUCCUGGAGCGUCUGGAACAGAUGGAGAAGCGGAUGGCUGAGAUGAUGGCGGCGGCGGCAGCCUCUUCUUCCUCCUCUUCGUCCUCCUCCUCCUCUGCAGCCCCCGCCCAGACCCAGCAGCGAGGGGAGAAGCCCCCCAGCCAGGCUGCCUUGGACUCCUUCGAAGACCGGAUCGUGGCCCUUUGCGAGAAGAUGAUGUCUCAGUCCUGCUGGCUGCGCUCGGAGACCCUCGUCCACCACGUCAGCUUCCGGGGGAUGACCCUCCUCCACUUGGCUGCCGCCCAAGGGUACACCCGCCUCAUCGAGACCCUCAUCAAGUGGCGGAACCUCAACGCCCAGAGCCUUGACCUGGAGCAGGAAGUGGACCCCCUCAACGUGGACCAUUUCUCCUGCACCCCCCUGAUGUGGGCCUGCGCCCUGGGCCACCUAGAAGCCGCCCAGCUCCUCUACCGGUGGAACAGCCAUGCCCUCGCCAUCCCUGACUCCUUAGGCCGCCUCCCGCUCACCGUGGCUCGCUCCCGGGGCCACGUCAAGCUGGCCACGUGCUUGGAAGAAUUGCAGCGCCAGGAGGAGCGCCUGGAACCACAGCCGGCCACGGAGCCGCUCCUGGACGUCUCCGGGGGUCCCGCGAAGGCCGGCAGUUGCCCACGCAGGCUGGCAGAAGCCCUGCACAUCCCCUCCCCACUCUCGGCCAGUCCAGACACAGGGCUGAGCACCGCCAGCGGGGUCUCGUCCCCCUCCGAACUCUCCGAGGGCUCCGUCUCCAUCACCUCGGCCUACUCCAGCGGAUCGGCGCUGCGGGAAUCCCCCGCUUACAGCCCCGAAGCCGAGGGCGCCAUGGACGUCUGCCAGGCCCCCGUCCCCGAAAGCAUCGCCGGCUGGUACCUGCGGGAGAGCCCCAGCCCGGCCCACGCCCUGCCCCACGCCGCCCCCUUCUUCAUGGACUACGACGAGGUGGGGGCCCACGCAGGAGCCCCCGAACCAGACCUGGAGCCGGAGCUGCUGGGAUACGGCGAGAACGCCGAGAACGAGGAGUACCUGCCGGCCACGGACGUCCUGCAGGUGGACAUGAUCACUUUGGCCAAGCAGAUCAUCGAGGCGACGCCCGAGCGCAUCAAGCAGGAGGACUUCAGCUCCUCCGAGGCGCCCCUCCGAGAGCACCCGGGGAACCUGGGGCUGAACGAGACCAUGGGCUGGCUCGCCAGCUACCUGGAGAACGUGGACCAGCUGCCCAACUUCUCCCAGCGAAGGUCCUUGGCGUCCUCCCCCUCCGGCCACUCCUGCUUGAGCCCCCUGCCCUCCCCGCUGGGGGAGCUGUCCUUUGACCGCCUGCCCCCGCCCCCCACAGCGGCCAGCUGGGCCGAGUUCCUCAACGCCUCUGCCAACGGAAAGAUGGAGAGCGACUUCGCCUUGCUGACCUUGUCGGACCACGAGCAGCGGGAGCUCUACGAGGCGGCCAAAAUCAUCCAGACCGCCUUCCGCAAGUACAAGGGUCGCCGGCUGAAGGAGCAGCAGGAGAUGGCAGCCGCCGUCAUCCAGCGGUGCUACCGGAAGUACAAGCAGCUAACCUGGAUUGCCCUGAAGUACGCCCUGUAUAAGAAGAUGACCCAAGCGGCCAUCUUGAUCCAGAGCAAGUUCCGCAGCUACUACGAGCAGAAGAAGUUCCAGCAGAGCCGCCGCGCCGCGGUCCUGAUCCAGCAGUACUACCGCAGCUACAAGGAGUACGAGAAGCUGAAGCAGGGGAGGCGGGCCUCUGCCGCCAUGCAGCAGAAGAUCAAGUGGGUGCCCGGACGCCUGGGUCCCCCAGAAAGAGGAACGUUCCUAACCAAGAAGCAAGACCAGGCAGCUCGGAAGAUCAUGAGGUUCCUGCGGCGUUGCCGACACAGGAUGAAGGAGCUCAAGCAGCGAGAGGAGCUGGAGGGGCCCUCACAGAAGCGGGGCCUGGCCACUUAGCCCCCCACCCGCCCUGAGCCCCACGGCCGGAGAAGGAGAGUCUUAAGCCCAGGCGAAGAAGCAGCUGGGGCAGGACUGUGCAAUAGAGACUGGCUGGGUGGGGGGGACAAACUCCUUCUCCCUCCCUCCUCCCUCCCCCCCCCCAGGUUGGUGGGUGCAGAGGGCGCCCUGCAGUGCCUCCCCCCCCACCCCACGCUUCGCCUUACAUCGGUGCCAAGUCUUCCCUCCCCCCUUUUACCCCCAUGUGUGGGGCAGGGGCAGAGUAGCCGAGGUUUGGUUUGGGGGGGCAGGCAGCUGCCCCCUCCUCCUCCAAGCCCCGAAUGCGCAGGCCUUGCUGCAUAGGAA